AUGCGGGAAAAAAAAAAAAAUAUUUAUCAAUACAAAAUUUCAACGAUGCACUUCCCAACUGCGCUUCAGGAGCCACAACGACUCAACAAAGAUUAUCCACAGUCACAUACGCCCAAUAUGAGCUAUCCGCCCAGCGCACAGUCGCCACAUCAACAAUCAUAUUCCUCCGGCUAUGGCGCAUUUGGCGCGCCAACACAUUUUAACAACUCAACAUACGCCGUGCACCCGCAGCAUUACUCACCCGAGCAGCUGCAGCAGCAUCAACAGCAACAACAGCAACAACAACGACAUCAACACUAUGACAAUAUCUACAACGGGCGGCUAAUUGAUGCCAGCAUCCCUAGUAGCCCGAGCAGUGGCAGCAGCCAUAUGACUAGCGGGCCAGUUAGUAGUUUUUAUAGCAAUCGUGCGCGUUACUUGCCCUAUCAGCAAACCUUGCCGCCGCACGCAAUGCGUGGCAUGUACACACCAGGUGGGCAGCAGUUAGUGCCGUCGAGUGUCUUGCAUUACCCACCGCGCGGCGCUCCGUAUCAGCAAAAUGCCUUGGCAUUGCAACAGCAGCGCUCCAUAACGCACACACAAUACACUUUGCCGCAACACACGCAACCGCAAUCACAACCACAAUUACGGCAGCAGCAACAGCCGCAAUCGCACUCGCACUUGCAACCGCACCCUACAACCCCCUUCGGCGGCAAUGAGCCGCAAAUACGGCAUUAUGCUGACACUCCCAAUAAGCCGCCCGUGCAGCUGCCAGCGUGCGACCAAGCGACGCGACCAACACCGCAUACACCGCAUUUGAUAAUGCAUUUGAAUGGUGGAUCGCCACCAGCAACAGCAGCAACAACAACGACUCCACCACCAGCACCCACGCUUACUCCGCAAAGUGUGGCGCGACCACCGUCAGUUGAUUGCAGCGCCUAUUUGCAGUUGCAACGACAACAGCACAUGCAGCUACAGCAGCAGUACCGGCAGCAGGAGCACAUAUCUGCUUUGGCCCUGCAAACAAUAUCGAACGAUGCAUUGUCUUCGUCCCAUUCACAAAAUUCGAAAGAAUGCGCUCCGCCGCCGGAGCGUUCGCCCAUGGCGAAAUUGUUGCCUGCGAGCAACAUAUCCUCUGAGUUGCCAAAAAUUAGCGAAAUCGCACAGGUCAGUACACGUGAAUGUCGCGAGGAGGAGCUGCAGUCCAGCAAUAGCGGCCCAUCCUCCGUCCCUAGUGCGGCCUGUACGAGCACAGUGAGUUCACCGCGAUUAACGGCGAGUAACAGCGAAUGCUUGACCACAUCUCCACCAUUAAUAAGCGCCACCGGCACGGACAGUGGCAUUAGCGUGAGCAGUUAUAGUACGCGCGCUCGCAGCGACAGCACACAAAGUACGCCAGUCUAUAAUGGCGAGUAUCCGAUGUCGGUGGGCUCAUCAUCUGGGGUGUCCUACCACUGCGCCGAUAUAAAAGAUUUUGAAGACUUCGGCAGGGAGAAGGAAGAACAGUCGACGUGCACGGUGAUCAGCUAUAAUGAAAAUUUAAAAUUAAAGCAAGAAAUAAUAGAAGAUGAAAUUAAUGAAGGACAAUUGAAGGAGAGUGCCGUGGAUGGGGAAAAUACGAGUACAUCCAAAAUGAAGGAGCAACCGGAAGUCAAGGAAUAUUUGACAAUUGAAAGUGCGAUGGAGACAACAAAACCAACUGGUGAUAUAAGAGACAGAGAUAAUACUGAAAAUGCAGUGCCUGCCACCCAUUUACAAGUCAGGCCAGCUCCUUUGAGUACACCCCUGGGUUCAACAAAAUAUUUUCCAGUUGAUUCAGCAGCAGCUGAAAGUACCAGAACACAACUUCCAGAAGAAAAUAGCACAAAGAUAACAGUUAAGUCCAUGGGUUUAGAUGAGCACAUGAAUGCUUCGACCAAUCCAAAUUGUACAAAUGAGUCCAAAGAAUCGACAGAACAACCACUACAACAGCAACAAAAGCAAAUGGAGCCAGAAGAAAUCAUCUCACACACCGUACAUAUGAGAACGAAUUUCGGUAGUAGCGACAAAGUCAGCUCGUCAUCAGCAUCGACCUCUCCAAAUCAUAGUUUGCAUUUUGAGCAUACGCAGUUGCAUCAUCCAGAGUUACCAUCUCCGCCCGUGCCACCAGCCCCACCACAGAACUCUCCGGUCGAUUAUUAUGCAGCAAACGAUAUCACUGCUAUGGGUGCGUUUGCGUAUACUGCACUGCCAUCAACGAAAUUAAAACCACCAACAGGAGCUGCUGCUGCAGCGGCGGCUGCGGUGGCGGCAGCGGCAGCAGCAGCAGCUGCCACAAUACGCACCAAUAAAAGUCGAAUAAUGGAAAGUGAUUUGAUACAAAGCAGAAAAAUUAAAAGGAAAACUCACCUGCCUGGAAAACGGCAAAAGGAUAUUGAAGGCGGUGAAGUGGGGGAAAGCAGUAAAGACAAUCGGGAUAUGACACCCUUACCCGGAUUUCAGCAAGCUUUUGGCUCCACGGAAAUCGGUCGCUUCUUCGAAACAUUUCUAUUCAGUCCGCCUGAUUGCCACAGCUUCAACGAUAGCUACGAGUCUUUCGAUGUCGAGGAUUGCGAGCAAUUGCAGCAAAUUCAUCAGCAGCAACAGCAACAACAACAACAACAACAAUUACAAAUGCAGCAAGAACAACAACAUUUGCAGCACAAUCAAAUUCGUCAACAACAACAACAAUCACAACAACAACCAUAUGCGACACACGAUUACUUUAAUCGCAGGUAUUCAGAUAAUAGCAGUUACCACACGCAGCGAUUUCAUCCGCACUACCCACAUUCGUAUCCGCACCUGCAUCCCACUCAUCCAUAUUACAGAGGCCAAGUGCAUCCAUAUUCGAUUAAUAGUAGCAACAAUUUCCGCGAUAUGUGGCUGUAUGGUCGAGGUGCGCCUUCUCCUUACGACAUGCCUUUCGAAUACGGUGGCGCACGCUCAAGUAGUGGGUCUCCGGCAUUGUCUUACGAAAUGUCUCUGAAUGCGCGAUCUCCGUAUGGCUCUGCGUACGAUCGGAUGGGUCACACUUAUGGGCGCCUGAAUGGUGGCUUUGGUGGAAUACGUUGUAACGGUUAUUGAAAUGCUGAUUAAUGAUUUAUGUAAAAUACCGGAAAGCGUCG